GGCACCCUCAGUUGCUAGGAUACGCCUAAUUAAUGCCCCCUUCUCCCACACAAAAGUGUCGCGUCGAUAUGGUCUUUAAAAAAGGGCAACCAGUGCCCGCUAGCUAGCUAGAGUGUUAUUUUGAAGGGGUUUACAGGAACACGCAGGGCUUAUUUCCGCUCGCUUGUAUUCCAGCCAAAGCACAUUGUGUACUGGGGUUUUGUGCUACUGCUGCCAGCCAGUGGUGGUCUGCCCUCACCAGCUACUGCUGCGAGGGAUUGGGUUGCAAAUAUCUCCUUCUGUUAUCUUUUCUUAGCACCUGGUUGCCUUCGGACAAGGGCGGUGAGACGUCCAGCUUCGACUGUGAGAAUGAACGUGUCCGACAGCCUGACACAGGUCAGCUCAAUGGCCGCCUCCGGCCCCACCUCUGGUGCCUCCAUCCCCGCCUCCGUGCCUGAGGGUUUCCACUAUGAAACCAAAUACGUCGUGCUCAGCUACCUGGGAAUGCUGCCUGUCGAUAGAUCACACGCACCAGCUUCAGAUCGAGGAGAUGCGGGGACCCAGAGGGAGAAGGCCAGAGCAAUAAGGGAGCAGAUCGAGGAAGAGCUGAGACAGCUGGAAGACGACAUUGCUGCCUCCUUUUCCAGCACGGGCUUUGACCGCCACACGUCGCCCGUGUUCAGCCCGGCUGACCCGGACAGCUCGGUGGAGGACUGCCUCGCCGCCGUGGGAGACCGGGUGGGCCGGGACCUUGACGCCUACCUGCCAGAAGCCGUGCAGACGCUGCUGACGGGGCCUCUGGAUUAUCAGAAAUUUCGAAGUGCAACGUUGGAUCUCGCGACACACACGCAGGAAGGCUGGAGCAAGGUGCUCGUGCCCCUGGUUCUGCUCCAGGCCUUACAGAACCAGGGCCAGCCUCUGGCCACUCUGCUGCAUCUGGGGCUCCGCUGCCUGGAGGAAGACGAGGCCCACCGCAUCGUCCAGCAGGGGGGAUGGGGGGAUCUGUUCAGCCUGGUGUCUGAGGAGGAGCGCAGCGGGACCAUCGCCGAAGACAGCAACGACAUCUACAUCCUGUCGGGGGAGCAGCCCCCCUCCCCGCCCGGCCCCCCUUCCCCGCUGCUCGGCGCCGGUAGCGGCGGCGGCGACGGCGAGCGGAGCUCCUGGCAGACGGAGAGCCUGGCCGGCAGCGAGUCCUGGGCCCCCGUGGGAGCCAUGGACCCCGAGGACCUGAAGAGCCUGGACGGCGCCGAGGGCGCGGCGCUGGCCGAGGAGCGCAGCGAGAACAACUCCUCCAACUCGGACAUCGUGCACGUGGAGCGCGAGGAGGCGGAGCUCCUGGAGGAGGGCGGCGAGGGCGGGCUGAUCGAGGACAGCAUGAUGAGCGUGCUGGGCACCGAGAGCGACCUGGCCGCGCUCCGGGCCGAGUUCGGGGACCCGGCCCCGCCCCCCGCCGCCGCCCCAGACCGGUCGGAGCCCACCCCCCCCGCCUCCCUGAUCUCACUGGAGGAGGCGGUCGUCAUAGAGACCCCCGCCAGCCUGUCGGCAGAGCCGUCCCUCCUCUCCUCGGAGCCCGAGCUGCUCCCCCCAGAUCCCGAACCCGAACCGGCGGCCCCUUCCCCCGUUCCUGCACUCGAACCGGAGCCUGAACCAGAACCGGCCCCACCGGCCCCCCCCCAGGCGGCCGCCCCCCCCACGGUUGAGGACGUGGCGUCGGAACCGGAACCAGAACCGGAGCCCGUGAAAGUGCCUGAGCAGAAGGCAGCCGCGGUAACCACGGCGACGGCGCCUCCGGCGGAGGAGCCCCUGGUGGCCCCCCCGGAGUCCCCGCCCACAGAGGCCCUGUCCGCUCACCUGGAGGUCCCAGCAGUGGAGGCCUCCACAGGGGCCCCCGUGGAGGUUCCUGUGGAAGAGGCCCCGGUAAAGGAGGCCCCCCCCGCCCCGGCGGAGGAGGAGGAGGAGCAGCUGAGCCUGCUGCUCUACGGGGGGGCCGCCCUGCUGCUGCUGGCCGCCGUGGCGUUGGGCGUCCUGAGGCUCCGGAGCAGAUAG